AUGGCGAAGAAUUCCAAACGAGCACCCAAGGCGAAGGCCUUUGCACCAUCAGACUCCCCAGCAAAGUCAUCCUCGAAGUCGGAUUCCUUUGACGUUCCCGCAGCGUUCACACAAGCUCCGUCUUCUCUAAAAGGCUUUCUUGAACCUCUAUCUACCAAUCGCAUAUACCUCAUUCAUAUCGAUACCCAUUCUCCCGGUUUCAAACGACAGAUAUUCCUCGUUCCACUUUCUAUAAACAUUGUUAUAGUCGCUAUUAUCCUAUACAGGAUAUAUACCGGCCUACACAUGUAUCCGGACAUAUUCAAUGCUGUGGUGAGCGGGACAGGUCCGGCCAAGAUUGACACAGCAUCAGCUAGCUGGGGCUUUCUAUCCAGUACAUUGGCCUGGAGAACCCUCAAUUUUCUGCUGGAUUAUAUUUUAGCAACCAUCUUCUUGCCGUGGCCUGUGCGUUUCUUCCUUGGACCUAUCCGCUGGAGGCUAGCGGUUAGGUUUGAAGCCCAGGAAAUCAUUGUUCGCCAAAGCCGAGAAUGGAGCGAGUCAUUACGGCCUGGGACAUGGAUUAGAGAUGACGAGGCUACGAUGAAAGAUCGAGUUAUACCUGCCAUUCUUCCACUCCGGUUGCAAAAGACGGGAUACCUUCUUAUCGAUGCUGAUUGGGACAUGGAUUGCGAUGCGAUGAUCAAUGCCCAUAAAGCGGUUGAAUCCAAGAAAGCGAAGCUGGAAGACUUUCAUACUGCUGUUCUUGUACAUGGCGGUCCAUCCAAGGGCUGGCUGAUAUGGAGAGUUGAGGAUGAAGCCGUUGCUGCUUCUGGAGAGACUCUCCCGCCUGCCGCACGAGAUAGAAUCAUUGCGUUUAAGGAGAAGCUUACAGACAUGGGCAAGGAAGACUUGUUUUACCGCUGGGUCGAAAUCAUCCAGUACGAAAGCACCCGGCCUGGAGGGUUCACGCCAGAAAGACAACGAAGUGCUAUGAUAGAGGUUAAGGAGUUAUUCGAAAAGGAGGGAGUAGAUUUUGACCAGUUUUGGAAAGACAUUGGCGGCAUGGAGGGCAUUACACUGUAA